AUGGCCAAUCGAGGACGCCCCCCGGAGCUGGACGUCGCCGUCGACGCGACGCUCGACGACGCCUCGCUGCCGGCCAAGAAGCGCAAGCGGCGCGUGCUCUUCAGCAAGGCGCAGACGUACGAGCUGGAGCGGCGCUUCCGGCAGCAGCGCUACCUCUCGGCACCCGAGCGCGAGCACCUGGCCAGCCUGAUCCAGCUGACGCCGACGCAGGUCAAGAUCUGGUUCCAGAACCACCGCUACAAGACGAAGCGCGCGCACCAGGAGAAGGGCCUGAGCCUGCUGCCGCUGGGCUCGCCGCGGCGCGUGGCCGUGCCGGUGCUGGUACGGGACGGCAAGCCGUGCCCAGCUGGCGGCGGCGGCAGCUCGCCCGGCGCCGCCUUCAAGCCCGACCUGUACGGCCUGCCGUUCGGCGCCGCGCUCGACCUGCUGCCCUUCUCGGCCGUGUCCGUGUCGACCUCGGUGAUGGCGACGAUGGGCGCGCUGCCCGUCUACUCGCACCCGCUGAUGCAGCCGCGCUGGUGGUGA